AUGUCUGGAUUACCCGGACCUGAGCCACCACAAAAACCAUUAGGGGCUCAGUUUAAUCCGCAAAUACUACAAGUGAUGCGAUAUAUCAGUUCGAUAAAUCUAAAUCCUGAUAAAAAAGAAUUAUUACUCAGACAAAUGCUUGGUAAUCAGCAAACUGCAGUGCCUACACCAGUCCAAAUGCCAGGUGCUCCUCUAGUUCAGAUUCAAAAUCCAAUUAUUCCUCCAAAACCAAAUAAAAUCUCAAAUCCUCAAAUUCAGAAAGAUAUUCCAAAGACUUCACCAAUCACAUCGGAACCUACACUCAAUAUAAAUAGCAAUGAUUCAGCAGAUGACGCAGUUUGUUCAUUAAUAAAUUUUAAUUCUUUCCAAAAACAGAAAAAUAAGGUACUCUAUGAACUGUCAGGCGUUGGUUAUAUUGACAAGUCCAAGUUAAGGCGAAAUUCGUCAUUCGAACAAGGCCAUUUCGUUUAUGAACAAGAAGAUUUUGAUCAAUCAACAUAUUUUUCAUAUUUUUUCGACGACGAACCAACACAUCGCGUUGACAAGAGUAAAUUAAAGACAAUGGAUCCAUCGAUACGUACGAUGCAGAACUGGAAAUCCGGAUGUAAAUCUUAUCUCAUUGAUCCAGACCCUAGACCAUUCAAAUCACCGAGAAACGACUUCACUGACUACGUCUGUAAUACAAAUUACAAGUCAGCAUGUCUUGGAGACGAAGGUCAAACCGCAUAUCCUCCUAGAGACAAUGCUCCAAUAGAAGCACAAGCUCCUCAACUAGAAAUGAACGUAAUGACUGAUGAACUUACGAUAGAUCACCUCAAAUUGCUUGCAGCAAUGAAUGACGCAGCAAAGAAAUAUAUUCGCGGUCAAUUACCAAAUGAAGUCAUAGAAAACCUCGCGGAAACACGAAAUGAGUACAAGAGAAACUUACAUCAGGCUAUGGGAGACACUUCUUUCGUUUACAGACCUUUAAUUUCUCCGCAAACGACUUCUUUCGACCAAUUAGAUUUUCCAUCAAUAUCCUUACAUGAUUUCGCAUAUUAUAGCUAUCUUACAUACAUUUUGGAGCUCAAUGGCCCGAUUCUUCCGAAAAAUCAGUUAUCAAUUUCAAUCGGCCUUGCCAAGCUCAUUCCACUCAUUAGGGAAGCCGUAAAACGUCAAGAUUUAGAGUUCCACUUAGUUUGUCCUAACUCAUGCCUUGCUUUUCUUUAUUAUGUUUCACAAUUGUUUACAACUCUCUCAAACCUCGAAGAUUAUCCGCGAGUUAUACCUUUGCAUGCAAGUUUCGAUGUUUUCAAGCGUUUCUGCCAUGAUAGCCACAUGAUUAUUACAACUCGAGAAUUAAAGAUGUUUCUUGAGUGGAUAGAACUUGGUGGAAGCAUUUCGCACCCCAUAUAUCAAGCACGGAAUGCAUCCCUUGGCAUGAUAAUCCACAAAGAAGAGUAUUUUCAGAUUGCUACCGAAUGGCUCUCUCAAAAAUUGUCAGAGGAAGUUCUAAUUCAGAGAGCUCUCUCAAUUUCACAAGGAAAGUCACUUUUUGGGGUGAACUUCAUGGUUGAUGAAGUAGAUAACGUACUAAUUAUUGUCACUCCGAUCAAUCAGUGGCAGCGUCGACAGCCACCUAAGAUCAUUCCAUCAUUCUUCCCAUUCUCUGAUAACUACUGGCCUGAAGGAGACCCUGGAGAACCAAAUCCUUCAAGAGCAUUGAUACACGAGUCAUCCAAUCUGGAAUUUAAACUCACAGAUGGUAAGGAAAUGCUGAAAUUUAAACCAGGAACAUCGUGGUUCAUGUUUAAUUUAGCGCAACAAAUGAAUUAA